AUGGACACUUCAAUGGAUGAUGACUUUCAUGAAGGAGAAGGUAACAAUAAUUAAACCACUUAGUAACAAAAAAUUAAGGUUAUCAUUCCACCCCCUGAAAUCAAGACUGUCAUUGACAAGACUGCUGCCUAUGUGGCUAAAAACGGAGCUUCUUUUGAGAGUUUGAUUAUGAAAGUUGAGGCUUCCAAUCCUAAGUUCAAUUUUUUGAGAUAUCACGAUGACCCAUAUAGACCAUAUUACAUCUAAAAAAUAAAUGAACAUCAGGGUAUAAAAAUUGAGGAUGCCGACAAAGCUGCAAACGCUACGGAGAAUAAUGACUAAGUAGAAGAAAAUGGUCAUGAAUAGGAGCAUGUUAAUGGAGAAGUUUUGUAAAAUGGUAUUGAUGGUCAGGCAUAAGUUCAUGUUCCACCUGUAUCAGCAGUUUAAUAGUCAAUAGUAGUGUAAAGAGAGAAUGAAUAUCAAAGAUAACUAAGACAACUUAUAUUUGGUGACAUUGAGGAUAAAAAGAGAGAAUUAAGACCACCACAAGCUGAUUAGUUCAGCAUUUCUCAUCCUGUCCUAGCCAAUAUCGAUCAAGAUGUAAUUAAACUCACCGCCUAAUUUGUAGCUAGAAAUGGGCAGAAAUUUCUAUAAGGCCUAACAGAAAGAGAAGCUAGAAAUCCUCAAUUCGACUUUUUAAAGCCAACUCAUGGAUUGUUUGGUUAUUUCACUUAAUUAGUUGAAUCAUACUCAAAAGUACUCAUUCCGAGAAAUGAACAAUUACAGAGACUUUAGAAGUUUUCAUAAGACGGCCUAGAGGUUCUUAAGUCUGCUGGAGAGAGAUAUUUAUGGGACAAACUCUAAGAUGAAGAAUAGAAAAAAAGAGCUGACUAGCAAGAUACAUCAGUUAGAGAUGAAGAGUAAAUGCAAAUUGACACUAUAGAUUGGCAUGAUUUUGUUGUAGUUGAAAAGAUUGAUCUCUAUGAUGAUGAGGAAAUGAAAGCAUAGGAAGAGGCUGAAAUCGAAGAAUUAAAGGAAUAGGAAAGAGUUAAAGAAUAAAUUAAAAAGUAAAUAGAAGAGAACUAAUAAAUCAUGAGUAUGCCACCAGAUGGUUUAGCUCCUCCAAUUAAAGAGAAAGCUCAAGUGAAUCUUCCACCAGUAAAUUAGGUAAAGCACGAGACUUAGACUGAGAUCGUUGUUUCAAAUGCCUUAGACUCUGAGAUGAAGAUUAAGAAGAACUAUUAAAGAAAGGAUGAUAAGGUAGGCGGAGCAGUAGGAACACAAAAAUGUCCAAAGUGCUAGCAAGAAAUUCCUAUAAAUCAAUGGUCAGAGCAUAUGAGGCUUGAAUUAAUGGAUCCUAAAUGGAGAGAAGAAAAACUCAAGCGUGAAGAGAGAGCAAAGUUAAACUCGCUUGCAGAUGGUGAUGAGAUUGCUUAAAAUCUAAGAAGAUUUACUCAAGAGAGAAGAGAUAUCUUCCCAAAUGCAGGAUAACACUAAUAAAUCUAAUCAGAUCAACCUUAAUUGACUGCUGGCUAGAAAAUAAUUUGGGAUGGUUAGGCUUAAAACAUUACUAGAACUACUGCAAAUAUUGCUAUGCUCCAGCACUAACAGCAAAAGAAUCUCCAAGAGGCACUUCAAACAAGGGGAUAAUUAGAUCCAAAAUCAAUGGUAAAACUUAACUAAUCAUAAAAUCCAGUACCCACUGUGAAGAAUUUGCAGAACGCCAUUUUAACAAAAGAAUAGCUUAUGUAGAAGUAGUAGUAACAAUAAAAGAGACAAAUAGAGGAUGAUGAAGAUGAGGCCUUAAAUGUCCUUUAAGGACAGUUGAGAUCAGAAGCUGAAUGGUUAAGACUUUUUCCUGGGAAAAUAAGUCUCUCUAUAAGGAUUCCAAACAAUCCAAACGAACCUUAAUGGAAUAUGAAAGGCUAAUUAAUUCCCUUAUCUGUCGAUUCUAGAGUGACAAUAGCUUAACUUAAAGAGAAUAUGAGCUAGAUUUUGGGCAAUCUUCCACCAUAAAUCAUCAGAUUAAGAGGACAGAAAAGUUUACCUAUGAAAGAUUCUCUGACCUUAGCUUUUUAUAACAUUCCAGAUGGAGCAACGAUUGAUCUAGCUUUGAAAUCUCAAGCUAAGUGA